CUACUGAAACAGAGAGAUUCUGUGUGUGUUGGAGCGAUGGAGUUUGUAGUUGAAGAAGGAAAGCGAGUGAACGAAGAAUGCUCCACUUUGAUUCUCCCUGCAUUAUCAAUUGGGAACGUAGGGCAGCUCGCUGUUGAUCUUCUAGUGUCAUCUACUGGUGCAGACAGAGUUGGUUAUCUCGAUGAUCCUUAUCUGCUUCCUUGCGUUGGCAACGACGCUUAUGGACCUCUUCCUUGUGGCGAAAUAGCUCUUCCUCUUGAGGUUUAUGAGUCAUCUUCAACUGCUACUACUCUUGCUCUGCAACGGUCUCCUGUUGCAAAGGGAAUGAUGAUUAAAUUUGCUGAGAACAUAGCAGAUUUUGCUGCUUCGAGUGGCAAGAAGCAUGUGAUUGUGCUUUCGAGUUUGGACUUCCAAAGGCUGCAUCAUAACUUGGAUAUGUCUCGAGGCCCACAGGUGUAUUAUCUGUCUAAUGCUGAAGCUAAUGGAAGAGAUGAUCACUGUGAGAGGCUAGGAUUUGGGAGAUUGAAUGAGUAUGAUUCAGAAGGAAGAUGUUGGAAGUAUCUUAGCUCUGUCUUUGAGGAGAACUCUAAAGAAGAGCUGACUUUCCCUGCAGAAGAUGAGCUUGAAGACAUAGACUAUUACCCCAGCUUGCCAUUUGCAGCUCUUUUCUCAGCUUUUAAGGCAAGAGGCUUGAAGGUGACAUGCCUGCUAUGUUACUGUUCUGAAGGAGACAACAUUCCUGAUGCAUUCCUUCUAGCAGAGGCUGCAUCUAAGCUUACUGGUUUAACUCCUGACAAGUUCCAUGGGGAAGAAGGUGGGAAAUGGCAGAUACCGUAUUCGUGGAAGAGUAUGUAUGGAGCUCCUCCGGAUAUGUCCAUGUUUUAAGACUGUUCUUCCAGCUCACAUUGUCAGACAGAGGUUGUUGUAGUACAAGUAUGAUACAAUGAGAAGUGUAUGAACACUUGAGAAAGUUUUAAUCAGAUAUAGACAUUUUUCUGGGGUUUUCA